GUCUGUGGUCCCCUAGUCUUUGGUUUUGUGGUUUUGGUUUGAGUUGUUUGUAUUUGUACGUAUUUAUUUCCAAUUUUAAUUUUCCAAAUAAAGCCGGGAAUCCUUAGUGAACAUAAUUUUACUUCCUAAAUAAAUGUAGAAGAACUUUCAACUUAACGAAAUGGCACAAUCACAAUUCGCAUUGUCGUGGGAAUCUUAUAAAUCUAAUGUCUGCUCAGGAUUUAGUUCUUUUCAGCAGAAUGGAGAGCUGGUUGAUAUGACUUUGGCGGCGGAUGGUCAUUUGGUAAAAGUACAUCAAGUGUUGAUAGCUUUAGCCAGCCCUUAUUUGAAACAACUAAUCGUAUCAGUGCCUACUCAACAUCCUGUUAUAUUUCUCAAUAAUGUGUCUCACCCAACCCUGUCUCUCAUAUUGGAGUACAUAUACACUGGAGAGGUUAGAGUGGCUGCUGAAAAUUUAUCUGCCUUUAUGGAUGCUGCUAAGUCUCUGCACAUAAGAGGUUUGGAAAAUAUAACUGACAGUGGUAGUUCGACAACCAGGACAGAGACUAGCAUGAAUCAAAGCAACAUGGACACCACGAGAAGCUUCAAAAAAAUAGAGCAGAUUUUACCGCCGAAUGCAAAAAAAAUAUUUGUCAACGUCAGUGCAGAUUCAGGAAUGGUAGCUGUAGAACAAGCAAAUGUUGACGACAGUAUGCACGACUACUCGGAUAGGAUGGAUGACACCGAACAUGACUUUGAUUACGAUGACGACGAUGACAACAAAACAGUUGACACGCCGAGCAAGACUGACCACGAAACAAAAACGGCUGCCAAUGUAGGAGCACAGGAAAAAUUAGAUAAAAUGAAUCUCCAAUUCACGGUGUCGAUCCGCGGUGCGCUGCAAAUCAUCCUGAACCGGUACAUCUACAACCUGCACUCGUCGCAGAGCACCGGCGUGCGGCGCUGGCGGUGCAUCGACUAUCGCAACAGGAAGUGUUUGGCGUUCGUCACCACGCAGGGGAACGUUGUAUUGAAUAGAGCAAAUCCGCACAACCACUCGUUCCACGACAAGAAGAUUAUAGAUAAAAUUGAGAAAAACGCAGUAUAUUCGGCCAUAGACGAUGUCAAAGAUUUGGAAAAUGUCAAAACGCAUACAAAAAAGGGGUCCGACAGUAGUGAUUUUGUUUCAUUAGUUAUUAUAAUGUUGCUAUACUAUUUCUUAUUGAUACUUCCUUGUGCUAUUUGUGGUGUAUUACCCGAAAAAUAUAUCCAAGUGCAAGGAUACAAAUGCGAUCCAGCAGUGAAGAAACUACAGGAGUAUAUUCGGAUUGACACAAGCAAGCAGGAAAAUGUGGACCUUAGUGUGCAGUUCUGGAGGCGUGAAGCAGCAAAACUUGGCUUGCCCUUCAAAGUAUAUAGGCCGGGCAGGCUGCCAGUGUGUAUUACUACCCUUGAAGGCAACAAGCCUGAUCUUCCCAGCAUACUGCUCAAUUCACAUUCAGAUGUCGUGCCUGUUGACGCUGAGCUGUGGACUUAUCCUCCAUUUUCUGGACACAUAGAUGACAACGGCAUUUUAUUUGGACGCGGUACACAAGACACAAAAGGUGUUAGCAUUCAAUACAUGGAAGCGAUUAGGAGGUUAAUUGAGAAGAAUGUUACUUUGGAUAGAACUGUGCAUGUUAUGGUUGUUCCAGAUGAAGAAACCGGAAGUUUCGAUGGACUGAUCCCAUUUCUCAAAACAGACGAUUUCAAGUCUUUAAAUAUUGGAUUUGCCUUGGACGAGGGCAUAACGUCGACAGAUGAUACGAUGUUCGGGACCUAUGUAGAUAAACGACCCUGGCAAAUGCAAUUUAACCUUCAAGGCGCUAGUGGGCACGGAAGCUCAAUACAGAAGCAAACUGUUAUGGAACAGGUUCAAACUUUAAUAAACAUGGCUAUGGAAUAUAGAAAUCAACAACUUGUUAUAAUGUCAGCUAAUUCACCCAUAGACUACGGCUCAUACUCCACGCUCAAUAUGAAUAUGCUUAAUAGUGGAAUAGCUAAUAAUGUAAUUCCCAGUAAGGCGUCUGCAGUGAUGGACAUUCGCUUGUCAGUCGAUCAGAAUAUAUCGGACUUCGAAGCAUUGAUUGACUCUUGGUUGGCGAAACUUGGAAAUAAAACUACUAUAAAAUUUAUAAGACGGGUCGAGAAGUCUGCCGCGACAGUCGUGGACGAAUCCAACACCUACUGGGUGGCGCUACGAGACACUGUGAAAGGGUUAGGUUUUAAAAUCGUGCCCGCAGUGUGUCCAGCCACUUCUGACAUGUUGCUGCUACGGGAGAUCGGCAUACCGGCCAUUGGGUUCUCAUCUAGAACUAACAUGGUCAGCAGGAUGCACGACGUCGAUGAAUACAUACCAGUGGACAACUUCCUUCGUGGGAUCGAUAUAUAUGAAGCGAUUAUUAAAAGAUUGGCCAACCUUCCUGAUGGGAAUGAAAAUACUGAUAAUUGUUUUCCAAAAUAGCCUCUUUGUCUGUUACAACUAAUGCAAUAAAAAUAUUUGAAUCUU